AUGUUUGCCAACAAGCGACUGGGCAAGGAGCUCAUCAAGAUAAAAGAUCACACUCCCCCGGGAAUCACAAUCGCCAAGUCAGAUAGCCUGGAGGAAUGGCAAAUGGACAUCAAAGUCCUUGAUGACAACCCUCUGUAUAAGGACCAGACAUAUCGAUUGAAGUUUACCUUCAACAACAAAUACCCCAUAGAACCCCCGGAAGUCCAGUUCAUCGAAUUGCCCGCCUCCUCUGAUACACCCCGCCCGAUCCCGAUGCAUCCACACAUCUACAGCAACGGCAUCAUAUGCCUUGACCUUCUCAGCUCCUCUGGAUGGUCCCCGGUGCAGACUUGCGAGAGCGUCUGCAUGAGUAUCCAGAGCAUGUUGACGGCCAACUCGCGCAACGAGCGACCUCCCGGUGACAGUGAAUUUGUCGCUUACAACCGCCGCCGAAUUCGGGAUAUCCCCUUUGUCUACGAGGAUGACAACGUAUGA